GUUGACUCGCAGUUUCCCAGCACGACCACGAACUCUUGCUGUGAUCACUCAAACGCCCGUCGGGACUUGUACGCUGCUCGGCAAGCAGGAAUCAUCGCUCCCCCAGAUACUGACGUUCCAAACCAUCUGGCGGAUGAGAAUUUGAUUUGGGUGGAACAAAUUCGAGAUAACAAUCGCACAAACUUUUCCUGGCCUUACGGUCGCAAAACCGCAACCCACUCGUCGCUUUAAUCAACACCGAAUAGUACGCAGUCACGAUUCUACAGACACUCACAAGGAAGACGGAGACGGAGAUGCCAUCAAACGGUUCCAGAGAGCCUUAUGCGGGCCCGGAAUCCGGUCCUGAACUGCCUUUUCCGAUAAGGCUUCAAGGCCCAGUGAUUCAUGGGUUCGGCCGGGGUAGUAAAGAGCUCGGCAUUCCUACCGCCAACAUCCCGCCUUCGGGCCUAUCCUCGCACCCGGACCUUUCAUCCGGCGUAUAUUACGGCUUCGUCGGGCUCUCGCUGUCCUCGUCCACCGACACCACGUCCUCCUCGAUCACCGUCUACCCGGCCGUCCUGAGCAUCGGCUACAAUCCAUUCUACAAGAACGCGAUGCGCAGCGUCGAAAUCCACAUCCUGCACCGCUUCGCGCACGACUUUUACGGCGCGGCCUUGAACCUGCUUAUCCUGGGCUUCAUCAGGCCCGAGUACGACUACACCAGUCUCGAGGCGUUGGUCGAGGACAUCAAGGUUGACUGCGAGGUUGCUCAGCGGAGUUUACAGAGAGAAGCAUACGAGAGGUUCAAGGCUGAACCUUGGCUCAAGGACUUUGAAUGGAUGAAAUCGACCGACACCGAGAACGUGGAGAAGGAGGUCCUGAAGAAGGAUUGAACUAGAGCCGACGUGAUGAGAACGACUGACACAAGACUUCGCCCCCCGAGAGCUGGAGGGCCGGUACAUGACCAAAAGAUAGACGUCAACAACGAUAGAAUUUGUCUGCAAAUUGCUCUUGUCUUUCGAGCAUGAUGGUAUAGAAAUCUUGCAUUUACCACGCAGACAGAUAGAUGCUGCAUCCCUUACAAUGUCCGAG